UCUUGCUAAAGACGAAAUUACCAGGCUACAGGCCGAAUUCUCUCACGAAAUGGAAAGGUUAACCAGACAUGUCUUCGUAAUUUGUGAAUACCCCUACAACAGUUUAUAUCGAAUGAAAUGUGCAAAUGUAUCUGUCCAAACAAGAGCCCAUGAUCGAACUCACGUCAGGGGUUGCUUGCAUCUCAUUACGCAUUAUCCGACGGAGGAUGAGACAAGCAGUCUGCACACAAAUGACAAGACAAUUGUAAUAAUGGCUACCUCUAGCCCACAGCUGAAAAUGUUGCAUUUUACAUCUGGAUGAAGAGUGAGUUCCAUGUCAUCGUUUGAGUAGGCUACAUGAAAAAAGAAUGUUUUGCAUCUGGGACCCUGUCCUCGGCUUCUCUGAAAGGGACAUUCACCAAAAUUCGAAGCAGGAGGCACAGAAAGAGAAGGGUUGCUCCAAAGACUCACGAAGACUCUGACAGUGACUGCGAUAUUUGCAGGUGCUCGUUAUCUCCGUGCCUUGGUAAAAGCCGCACAGUUCGUCGCAUUCUAACAGCUUGUCUCAUGUCUUUUCUGGCAUUACUUGGCUCCGUGUCCAUUGACCUGCACUCCCACUUGAACCUGUUGCACACCACAGACGCUGCUUUGGACGAGCUAACCUCGUGUAAGACUAAAACAUAUCUCAGACUUUUUGAUGAAUUUCAAAAUAUGAGAAAACUAUGCAACAAGUACAGAGACAAUGAAACAUACCAACAAGCGUGUAAGAGUCCACCGGCCGUCAUUUUGCCGGCUUUAAUUCAAGUGUGCGCAGAAAUGAAACAGCAAACCAACGCCAAGGGCCUCUCCUGCAGCAUGGAACUGGUGGGGUUUUGUCGUGAGACGAGUGAUGAUCUAUCACAGUUCAUUAACGAAACAUGGGAAACUGCGGACUUAAAUGACACUGACAAGUCAUUUUUCUCCUUAACCAUGCAUAGAGUUUUGGAUACCUGGGGCACUGUACAAGAUGAUAUUAUCAAGGUCAAGCAAUAUUCAUACUGGACUGAUGUAUUUGCUCUCAGACUUCUGGUAAUAUUCCAGGAGCUUAACCACCAGUUAUGUGAACUCCCAUCCUUAAGAACUCACGUGGACUUCCAAUUUAAGUGGGCCCAUAUACUUAGUCACCUAGCCUUCACCAAACUACUGUCUGAAAGACUGAAUGGCUGCUGGGUAGAGAACAUAGACGAGAAACUCAAAUUUACCGAUCAUUUAAAAGAAGCAUAUAUUUUAGACUUGACACCCUGGUAUAUCUCUGGAGAAAGGACAGAUGAAGCCAUGGCUGGGUCCCAGACUGGCAUUGAAGCCCUGAAGGACACCCAAGGAUGCCUGCUUGCCCACGCAGUGCCAGCCUUGAGGCUGGCAUCCCGAACAAUGUUUUCAAGUUUUAGCAUGAGGAUUUGCCUGUUGGCGAUGGCUUGCCUCAUUUAUCCAGUGGUACUGGUGUCCUUCAAGCAGGUGACAGAGUGGAUUCAGAACUAUGCCCGCAGCCUGAAGGAGAAGACUGAGGAUCUGAAACGCCAGAGGCAACUGGCUGAAAAUCUCCUGCACCAAAUGCUUCCCAAGUCAGUAGCAAAGCAGCUUCGCCAGCAAAAACACGUAGAGGCUGAAAGCUAUGAGCAGGUGACCAUUUUCUUCUCUGAUAUUGUGGGAUUCACUUCUAUAUCUGCCUCCUGCACUCCUUUACAAGUAGUGGAGAUGCUGAAUAACCUGUACAUGUGCUUCGACACGCGUAUAGACUCCUAUGACGUCUACAAGGUGGAGACUAUAGGAGAUGCCUACAUGGUGGUGAGUGGGUUACCAGAGAGGAAUGGUGACAAGCACGCCGACGAGAUUGCCAAGAUGUCCCUGGACCUGGUGGCAGCAGUCAGGCAGGUGCUCGUCCCACACAUGCCCAACAAGAGGCUGCAGUUAAGGGCAGGCAUACACACAGGUCCUUGUGUGGCAGGUAUAGUAGGCUACAAGAUGCCCAGAUACUGCUUGUUUGGAGACACUGUCAACACUGCUUCCAGAAUGGAAUCCACUAGCCUGCCCCAAAAGAUCCAUGCCAGCUCAGCUACCUACUUGGCUCUGAUGAAGGACAAUGCCUAUGAGCUCCAACUCAGAGGAGAGAUAGAGGUCAAGGGUAAAGGCAAAAUGAACACAUACUGGCUGAUUGGGCAUAAGAACUACAGUGUCCAGAAUGACAGCCUGGUGUGCCACUGGAACCCCAACAUGGCCAGAAAGAAAAAGACUCUUAUUGGAAGCGAGGGCUCUAUGGGAAAUUCCUGCGCAACAGUGCAGAGCAUUAGUGAGAACACCACCACUCCCAUCUCCCUUCUGGAAGUGGCCCCACCCUCUGGCUCCACCCAGCCCUGCCUCCAGCCCAGUACCCAGGGUUCCGCAGGCCCCGGCCUGUGUGUGUCUGCCCAGGUGGAGCCCUGCGCCAGUAGCUUUGGAGCCCUGGGCUCCCUGAUCGGGGGUCUCCAAGGGGGGAGUGAUGGUCCAUUGCCCAGGGAGAAGAGGACCCAUGGAGGGACAGGGGACAAGCCUGACCUGCUGCCUGGUUCCAUCGUUCACAUGUAAAAUAAGGUUUUGAAGUUUAGAUAUAAAUUUGUGAAUUUUUUAUUCAUUAAUGCAUUUAGAUUUUGGUUGUAUUGUGUUGUAGUGUAUGUUUUACAGGCUGUAAGGAUUACUCAUUUAGUUUUGAUUAAAUUAAGGAGAUUUAACCAGAACAUUACCAACUGACUCUUUAGUCCAUCCUUAAAUUUGCACUGGAAGAUUAAACUACAUGGAUAAAGAAAUUUCCAAGCUAAAAUUAUAUCAGGCAUUGUAACUGUUCAUCAUUCAGCAACCUGAUACAUUUGAAUAAUUUCAGGAUUUUAGCAUCCUUUUUGUUAUUUGAAAUAGCUAUUUGUACACAAGAGAAACAUGUUUUGGUGUGGC